CUAGAAAGUUGACUUCCGGUGUAAAAUUUAGCACGUUAGGAAAGACAGAAAAAAUGUAUUUUCACAUUCUAUUUAGCUUUUUUUGAUGGAACAACGCAGAGCAUCGAUAAGUCAGUGAUGUAAACAGUAUGCAAGUGGAAGAAUUUGAUUCAAGUGAUAAUAGACAGGAUGAAACAUAUAAAGUUCAACUACCAAGCCUGACAGACACUUUUGAAGAAACCAACAAAAAUCAGUUUUCAAACAGGAAUGACGAAUCACAUCUUAUUCAAAUAAAAGCUUCAAAAGAUGAGAUAGACAGAAGAAUCACUGCUUUUAUUGAACAGAAAAGACAAGAAGUAGAUGAAUACAAUAGAAAAGAGUUCUGUUCUGUUUUCACAGAUGAGGAUCUUGAUGACAGUUGUGCCAGAGUCAACGCUGUGUGUUUAUCUAGACCUGGUGGAAAGAGCCACAUCAAAGUUUCAAAAGUGGUAAACCUCCAUGGUCCACAAACACAGAUCACCAGUCCACUGAAAAUUAAGGAAGAAAAAACAGAUGAUGUUCUGCCAGGAGUUGAUGAGAGGCUUCGUAACAUAGAGGAACAUCUUAAGAUCAAAUCAGGUCUGAAGAUAAAUAAAACUAAUGUAUAUAGUAGGCUGAAACAGCUGGAGAAUAGAAUUUUAUAUUUGGAAGGAAUCUCCCCAGAAUAUUUUGACCGCAGUGUUCCUCCACAAAAACAAAGAAAGGUAGAUAGAUUUGUGAAACAGGAAACCAGUGUUAAUCAGGAAUUAAGUUUAGAUGAUAUCGAUGCCAAGAUGUCAAACUUGCGAGAGAAAUUAAAACGAAAGUUUGUCAGUGGAGACCAAACUUGAGGCAAUAGAACAUUGUGUAUUUAAUCAUGAAAUAUGUGCAUUCUAUAUAUACAUUAUUAAUGGAAGUGGUUAUAACAAUAGAGACAUGUCAGAACAAGAGGAAAUUCAACAGUUAUUGACCAGACUGAACUAUUCUUCACAUAUAUAUCAUUCCUUGAUGCAUGAAUUGAUAAAUGGAAUAUAAGUGUUACUAUUUAAUAGAAAUAAAAGCUGUGGUUAUGUUUAA